CUCAACGAAUUCCCGCUUCUUCAAGCUGUCGCCAUGCAGCUUUUCCGCUGUGCGACAUCAAGCUCGGCAUCUGAGCGCAACUUUUCCACACAAGGAUACAUUCACUCCAAGUUGCGCAACCAUCUCUCUCCGGAGCGCGUUGAGAAACUGGUCCACAUCUUCUUCAACGCAAAGAAUAUCAACGCCGACGAGCUGUCGACCUACUCGCACUUGGAGGACCUACUG